UCACGCCCCGUCUAAUUUUCUUUCUUUCUUUUCCUCCAUCUGUCCGCAGUGCAAGUCUUUGCCCCACGAAUACGAGCCCUCGAAAAGGACGGACUCCUGGCUCAAGGUCAAGCGCGACUACGUGGAGGGGCUGCACGACACCCUCGACCUCGUCCCCAUCGGUGCCUGGUACGUCGCUUUCUCGUCCGGUUCCGGGUAUACCACGCCCAUCCUUUUCUCAUGCCGUUGUACCCGUCUUUGGCCUUUCUUCGCUCCAUCAUCUCUCUGUGAUAUUGGCAGAUCAACGGUGACGAAGAUGAAGGUGCAUUGCUAUGUUACCAUUUUCCUGAACCCUAUUCCCCCCAUCAUCCCUCCUUUCUCUUGUUCGUUCCCAAGGUGGGGCAAUGGCCGCAAAGCAGGCUGGUUUUCUCCCAUCCUCCUCGCGUGCUUUAACCCCGAAACCGAUGAACUUCAAUCACUUUGUCGGUGCAUGUCGGGGCUGACGGACGCCAUGUACACCGAGCUGACCGCGUUUUACCAGGAAGAAGGCCGCUUGUUGGAGAAUCCCAAGUCAUACGUCAGGACAGGAGAGACAUGUGCGGUGUGGUUCGAGCCUUGCCAAGUGUGGGAGGUACGCGGGGCAGAAUUGACCCUGUCUCCAGUCCACAAGGCGGGGGUGGGCAUCGUGGAUGCCCAACGAGGAUUCUCCUUGAGGUUUCCCAGAUUUUUAAAGAUACGAAGCGAUAAGGGAGUGGAAGACGCCACGACUG